UUCUUUGUUCCUGUCAUGCCGAGUCUACCAAGUACCUGAGCACAACAAGGAGGAAAUGAGAGGGCUUGAGGUGUUCAUGUCGGAGUUGGAUUUUUGGAGUUCUUACAAACUGAAAUGGAGUCGCUCUCUGUGGAAGAGCUGUCUUGUCCCGUGUGCUGUGAGGUCUUCAGAUCUCCCGUGUUUCUGUCAUGCAGUCACAGCGUCUGUAAAGACUGUCUUCAACACUUCUGGAGGAGCAAGAGAACUCGGGAGUGUCCGGUCUGCAGGAGAAGAUCCUCCAAAACGGAUCCUCCUGGAAAUCUUGUGUUGAAGAACCUGUGUGAGUCCUUCUUGAACGUUGAGGAGGUUUGUGAUUUGCAUGGCGAGAAACUCAAACUCUUCUGUGUGGAGGACAAGGAGUCUGUGUGUUUAGUGUGCAGAGAUUCAGAAAAACACAAAUGGCACAAAUUCAGGACAAUCAGUGAACUUCUUCCAUCUUACAAGGAGGAGCUCAGUAUCAAGCUGAAGUCCUUACAAGAAAAGCUCAAACACACAGAGGAAGUCAAAGGAGAGUGUGAGGAAGCAGUUCAACACAUCCAGACUCAAGCUCAGCACACAGAGCGUCGGAUUAAUGAGGAGUUGAAGAAGCUUCAUCAGUUCCUCAUCGAUGAAAAAGAGGCACUAAUCACUGCACUGUGGGAGGAAGAGGAGCAGAAGAUUCAGAUGAUGAAGCAGAAGCUGGAGGAGAUGAACACACAGAUCUCAGCUCUUUCAGACACAAUAAAACACAUCGAGGAGCAAAUGAAAGCCAAAGAUGCCACGUUUUUAAAUGUGGAAUCAAGAGGUCAUGUUUUGGCUGCUCCUGUGAUUCUGGACCCCAACACUGCACAUCCCGAGCUCACGCUGUCUGAUGAUCUGACCGGUCUGACGUGGAGCACGGACACUCACGCCUGUCCCGCUAAUCCAGAGAGAUUCGACGUCUAUCCGUGUGUUCUGGGCUCUGAAGGCUUCACCUCAGGAACACACUGCUGGGAUGUGGAGGUUGGCAACAAUACACACUGGACUGUAGGAAUAACCACAGCAUCCAACCCUAGGAAGGGAUUUACAUUCUUUGGCAAAGAUGUCUGGUGCGUGUGGUACAAAAAUAACAAAUAUUUCUCAUAUUACCAGGACCAAGCCUACACUCCAAUUAGUGUUAAAGAGAAGCUGCAGAGGGUGAGAGUUUUACUCGACUGGGAUGGAGGAAAGGUGUCUUUUUCUGAUCCUGUAACCGACACUCAUCUGUGCUCACUCACAAUAAACUUUACGGAGAGACUCUUUCCGUUCUUCUCUAGCGUUUGUGUCACUUGUAGUCUGAGGAUCCUACCAGUUCACAUAUGUGCAACAGACUAG